CAACCGGUCGCGAACCCGGUGAAGAGAUUGUUAUGAGCGAAGAGUGAUUACUUUUCUUGGGCGUAAUGACGUCAAUAACGGCAAAAGAACCGAAUCCUUUAAAAAAGGUCCAACCCUGUUGGCCUCCUAGUCUCUUCUUCUUAUUUGGUCCAGUCCCUGUGACAACCCACAGAGCAGUAUUUGCCCAUACAGGUGUGUAACAUAGACACCCCCCUCUUUCUCGCUCUAAAAGGACGACGGUGAGACGUGAAAGGCCGCGAUACCUCACCAGCGGGGCCCUCUAAUUUGGCGCAUGCGCGUGGCUACAUAGCGGUUCGCGCGGCGGCCGCAGAGAAGGGGUUCUGCGGCGCACGCGCAGUGGCAAAUAGCGGUGACCCACGGAGGGGCGUGGCUAGACGGUAAGGCAAGGGGAAUCAGCUGACCCCGCAGCGUUGGACCCAGGAAGGUUCAGAGGCGGAAGGAGGGCGACGCCGACCGACCAGCCCGAGGGAGGUGCCAUGGCGACCACAGUUAGCACUCAGCGAGGCCCGGUUUAUAUUGGUGAACUUCCUCAGGAUUUUCUUCGCAUCACCCCAACACAGCAACAACAGCAAAUCCAACUGGAUGCUCAAGCAGCUCAACAGUUGCAGUACGGAGGAGCAAUGGGUACUGUUGGGAGACUGAGCAUCACUGUAGUACAGGCAAAAUUGGCAAAGAACUAUGGUAUGACACGCAUGGAUCCAUAUUGCAGAAUACGACUUGGUUAUGCUGUCUACGAAACGCCUACAGCUCACAAUGGAGCCAAAAAUCCCAGAUGGAACAAAGUUAUUCAGUGUACUGUUCCCCCUGGGGUGGAUUCUUUCUAUCUCGAAAUAUUUGAUGAGCGAGCCUUUUCAAUGGAUGACCGCAUUGCUUGGACACACAUUACAAUUCCAGAAUCAUUGAAGCAAGGAAAAGUAGAAGAUGAGUGGUAUAGCCUGAGUGGAAGGCAGGGAGAUGACAAAGAAGGAAUGAUUAAUCUGGUCAUGUCAUAUACGUCCUUACCAGCUGCCAUGAUGAUGCAACCCCAGCCCGUGGUCCUGAUGCCCACUGUAUAUCAGCAAGGAGUUGGAUAUGUGCCUAUAACAGGGCUUGAGUACUUUGCUCUGGGAAUGCCUGCUGUAUGCAACCCAGGCAUGGUGCCCGUGGCAAUCCCACCUCCUGCAAUCAACCCUCAACAUGUCUGUAAUGAAGAGGAUCUAAAAUCUCUCCAAGAUAUGUUCCCCAACAUGGACAGAGAAGUAAUCCGUUCAGUUCUAGAAGCCCAGAGGGGGAACAAGGAUGCUGCUAUUAAUUCCUUGCUUCAAAUUGCAGAAGAAUCUUAGAUCCUUGUGCAUGUUCCUCAUCUUCACUGUUACCCAUACUUUUGUUUUGCCAAGCCAGGGACUUAGAGGAAAAACAUCUUGAGAAAGCAUCCUGGUUGAGAGAUUGUGUUUCUUUUUUUAUGGUGGUGGCUGGGAAACUUCCACAUUUGUUGUUAAGAUCCAUAAUAACCUCAGAUAUUUUUAUGAAUAUCAGUUCUGCUAUGUGUGGCUGUAUUUCUGUUAGAGAGGUGGAGUUGGAAAUAUUUAUCUUGGUCCCCCACAACCUAUCUCUGUUUUUGCAGAACAAAGUACCCACAAUCAUCUAUACCUAAUUUUCAACACUAUGCAUUAUGGAGAUAAAAGUGGAUUUGGGGGUGGGGAGAUAUGAGGUGGGAUUGUUCCACUGAGUGCUUUUACAAAAAGUACAGUAUUUCUUUCCCAACAUAUGAUCCUUCUCUGUGAAAUGCAGGAAGUUAUCACACUGUACAUUUGAGCUUUAGUUGAACAUUGCAACAAUUUAUGAUACUUAAUCUAGAAGACAGGUUUUCUAGGAUCUUUGCCAUCAUUAGAAUGAAAGAUUCCUUUUCACAGCCUAUUAAUUGGGCACCAGUGGAAUACAUUUGUGUGAUUUAUGUUAAUUAAGAGUCUGUUGCUCUCACCAGACAUGUUGCUAUGCUUCUGAAAUUUUCAAUCUCUUGUUUCUCAGGACAUAGGUGUGUGUGCUAGAGGUUGCCUGUCAUCUGAGCAGGUAGAUGGGCCCUUCAGCCUGCCACUCAGAGUAAGGUGCUGCCUCACUUAGACCAUGAGCUGCUAGAGCAACAGGGUUGUUCCAAAAUAGGCUUUUCUGCUUCCUUGCACUGUUACUGCUUCUGUAUCUGUGAGGUAAUUUUAAAGAAUGAAACGUUGGAAA